AUGAAUUAUACUAACUACGAGCGGAACAUAGUCGAACACCGUAGCUUUGCACUUGUUGGCUGGCCAUUAGGUGGGCCAGUUCGAAAUCCCUCCAAGGUUGGUGGAAGAUCUGGGGUAGAAAGUCUGUUGAGGGCACUUCAUGACGGAAGCUGUCACUGGGUAAAGUUAACUGACACAGAACUAUAUGCACGAAUGAAGGAUAAUAGGGCGCGUGCGGCCAGAGGAGAACCUGUUUAUGUGGCGAGGAAGGGAAAGAAUAUGGCCUCCUUGAAG